AUGGCGCCUCCGAGCACGUACGUGUCAUCGGAGUCGUCGUGGUGGGGCGGCAAGGAGGAGCACGGCACGCCGGUGGUGGUGAAGAUGGACAACCCCUACUCCCUGGUGGAGAUCGACGGCCCCGGCAUGGACAGCGCCGAGAAGGCUCGACGCAAGAACGCCAAGCAGUUCAAGUGGGUGCUCCUCCUGCGCGCGCACCGCGCCGUCGGGUGCGUGGCCUGGAUCGCCGGAGGGUUCUGGGGCCUGAUGGGCGCCGUGAACCGCCGCGUGCGACGGAGCCGCGACGCCGACGCGGAGCCCGACGCCGAGGCCUCGGGCCGCGGCCGCCACAUGCUCCGCUUCCUCCGCGCGUUCCUGCUGCUCUCCCUCGCCAUGCUCGCCUUCGAGACGGUGGCCUACCUGAAAGGGUGGCACUUCCCGCGGAACCUGCCGGAGGAGUACCUCCGCCAGCUCCCCGAGCACGUCCUGCUGAACCUUCCGGAGCACCUCCGGCACCUGCCGGAGAACCUCCGCAUGCCGGAGAGGAAGGAGAUCCAGGGGUUGCUCCACGGCGCGUACGUGGCGUGGCUCGACUUCCGCAUCGACUACAUCGCGUGGGCCAUCCAGAAGCUCUCGGGCUUCUGCAUCGUCCUCUUCAUGGUGCAGUCUGUGGACCGCAUCGUCAUGUGCCUCGGCUGCUUCUGGAUCAAGAUCCGCGGCCUCAAGCCGCGCCUCCCGGCCGCCUCCACCAAGGCCCUCAGCAAGAACGCCGACGACCUCGAGGACGGUGACGCCGAUGACCUCGACGCCUACUACCCCAUGGUCCUCGUCCAGAUGCCAAUGUGCAACGAAAAAGAGGUGUACGAGACGUCGAUCUCGCACGUGUGCCAGAUCGACUGGCCACGGGAUCGGAUGCUGAUCCAGGUGCUGGACGACUCGGACGACGUGACGUGCCAGAUGCUGAUCAAGGCGGAAGUCACCAAGUGGAGCCAGAAGGGGGUGAACAUUAUCUACCGCCAUCGACUGUCGCGCACCGGGUACAAGGCCGGAAACCUCAAGUCCGCCAUGGCCUGCGAGUACGUCAAGGACUAUGAGUUCGUCGCCCUCUUUGACGCUGACUUCCAGCCCAACCCGGACUUCCUCAAGCUCACUGUCCCACACUUCAAGGGAAACCCGGAGCUUGCGCUGGUGCAGGCGCGUUGGAUCUUCGUGAACAAGGACGAGAACCUGCUGACCCGGCUGCAGAACAUCAACCUGUGCUUCCACUUCGAGGUCGAGCAGCAGGUCAACGGCGUCUACCUCAACUUCUUCGGCUUCAAUGGCACCGCCGGCGUCUGGCGCAUCGAGGCCCUCGAGGACUCCGGCGGUUGGAUGGACCGCACCACCGUCGAAGACAUGGAUAUCGCCGUGCGCGCUCACCUCCAAGGAUGGAAGUUCAUCUACCUCAACGACGUCAAGGUGCUCUGCGAGCUGCCGGAGUCGUACACGGCUUACCGGAAGCAGCAGCACCGGUGGCACUCCGGCCCAAUGCAGCUCUUCCGCGUCUGCCUCCCGGCCAUCUUCAAGUCCAAGAUCCCGUUCUGGAAGAAGGCGAAUCUGGUGAUGCUCUUCUUCCUUCUGAGGAAGAUGAUCCUGCCCUUCUACUCCUUCACGCUCUUCUGCGUGAUCCUGCCGCUCACCAUGUUCGUGCCGGAGGCGCAGCUUCCCGUGUGGGUGAUCUGCUACGUGCCCAUGAUCAUGUCGGUGCUCAACAUCCUGCCGGCGCCCAAGUCCGUGCCCUUCAUCAUCCCGUACCUCCUCUUCGAGAACACCAUGUCCGUCACCAAGUUCAACGCCAUGGUGUCUGGGCUGUUCCAGAUGGGGAGCUCCUACGAGUGGGUUGUCACCAAGAAGGCCGGCAGGACCUCGUCGGAGUCCGACAUGUUCGCGCUGGCGGAGGAGGCCGACACCCUCGCCAGGCCAGCUGGAGCCAAGCUCGUCCGCGGAGUGUCCGAAGGCGGGCUCGAGGCGUGGGCCAAGAUGCACGAGCACGACAAGAAGGACCUGCAGCUGCAGCAGGCCGACGCGCAGGAGGAGGAGGCCAAGUCGCCGCCGGCCAAGAAGAUCAGCAAGCAGCCCAAGGCGCCGAACCGGAUCUUCAAGAAGGAGCUGGCACUGGCCUCCCUCCUACUCAUCGCCGCCACGCGCAGCCUGCUCUCGGCUCAGGGGCUGCACUUCUACUUCCUGCUCUUCCAGGGCGUCACGUUCCUCGCCGUCGGCCUCGACCUCAUCGGCGAGCAGGUCAGCUAG